AUGACUAGCAAUAUAGCAGAGUCGUGGAACGCUGUUCUCCGAGAAGCAAGGGCGUACCCUAUAUUGCCACUGAUCGAGUAUAUUAGGUCGAAGAUAAUGAGUUGGUUCGCAGACCGUAGAGAUGUUGUGAAGCAUCGCAGUUGCAAGAUAACCCCACGGGUGAUUGAGAUAGUGGAGGCCAAUUUCGAACAAAGCGGUGGGUUUCAAGUUAACACCAUCAACACUUUACAGUUCGAAGUGAAGGACAAGAAUGGUGUGUCUUUCCAUGUUAACCUGUCCAAAAAGUGUUGCAGUUGUUUCUCCUUCCAGACACUAAUGAUACCUUGCUCACAUGCGAUUGCCGCAGCUAUCAAAGAAAAGAUAAGUGUCGAAUCUCUUGUAUCUGAGGUCUACAGUUUGGACCGUCUUACAUCAGCGUAUAGAGAUGCUAUUUUCCCAAUAUGUGAGACGGGUUUAGAUAGAGAACAUCAAGACAAUGGUGGGUUAAGUGGGGUGGAAAUCUUCCCCCCUGCAACCAGACGCCCUCCAGGCCGACCCCGUAAGAGGAGGAUAUUGUCAGCCGGUGAAAUAAAGGUAAGGACAACGUUGCAAUAA